CACCGCGGGUGUAGCGGGCGGGGCUUCGCUUCCGCUUCCGCUCGGCGGCUCCGACGGCGCCGCAGCAGCCACGAUGCUCAUCAAAGUCAAGACGCUGACGGGGAAGGAGAUCGAGAUCGACAUCGAGCCCACGGACAAGGUGGAGCGGAUCAAAGAGCGCGUGGAGGAGAAGGAGGGGAUCCCCCCUCAGCAGCAGCGGCUGAUCUACAGCGGCAAGCAGAUGAACGAUGAGAAGACGGCGGCCGACUACAAAAUCCAGGGGGGCUCCGUCCUCCAUCUUGUGCUGGCCCUGCGGGGGGGCGUGGCCAGGCUCUGAGUGGGCGUGGCCAGGCUCAGACCACACCCCCCUAUCCCUUUAAGCCACGCCCACUCGCAUUACCCCCAUCCCUGAGGUCAUUUCCUGUUUGUGAAUCCGUUAUUAUUUAAUAAAGGUUGGCCGAUGACGUCAGCAGCGCGUUUGUGACGUCAUGGGCGUGUCGGUGAUGUCA